AGAAAGUGCUUUGAGCAAGUAAGACUUUAUAAAAGUCUCUGUAUUGAUGGUAUUACUGCUUUUUUUACUUAAUUACACCCUUCAACCUCAAACUUUCCAAUUCCGUUCACCAGUUGCGUAUACCACUAUACAAAGAUCAUUCAAUAUCUCCCUUUAGCAAAUAAAAGCUUGUCUAGAGCUGUUGUUUUGGUUUAACCAUUGUGGCUUUUUUGGGUGUACAUUUUUAUUUCAUUUUGCUAUCAACGUAAUAAACUUUUAUUGAUGGCUCGUUCGCCUUCACCAGAACCCAGAAAGCACAAGAGUAAAGGUGCUCAUAAGGAGAAGCAUUCUGAGAAGGGAAAACAUAAGAAAAAAUCCAACCCCUUCGAUGGCUUGAAGGAAUUGGCUGAUUCUCUUCCGACUGUGGAUGAAUCGUCCUCAGCAAAACGUUCAGACAAGCAUUCAGGUAAAAGUCGUUCCUUAUCGAAAGCUUUUGCUAGUUUACAAGACGAGGAAGUCGAAUUACCUGAGGAGGCUGCUCCUCUUCCAGCAAUUACCGCGAAGCAGAAACGAGAGGUAGAGCCGGCUACCCCAGUGUUCAAGCCUCAAGUCAGAUUGCCAAGAGACCUUUUACCACCUACUAAGGGUGCUGAGGUGCCUUCCGACGAUAUACAACAAUGGUCUAAUGAUCCACAUGCGCCCAUUGGAGUGAAAUCAGCUGCAUGGAAGAAACCGUUUACGAAAAUACCCAGCUCAUCACCAAAGUCGACGCCUCAAGAAACUGAGGAAGAAACUCCAUUCGUUAUUUCCGCUCCGAAAAACGAUGCACCCUCAUGGCUUAAUGCUACCCCAGAACGUCCUCCUCUGUGGAGCACCCCUGCUUUUCAAACGAUCAAUCGGAGACAGCAUACCGUUGAACAUGAUUACGUUGAUCCUGAGAAGACCACUGAAAUGGUAAAAGACUUAUUCCAAACUGCCUUCUGCGAAGAAGAACCUUUGGAUAAUGAAACAGAUGGUGCUUUCAUUCCUGGUUUAAAUGUACGAUUGUUAAGACAUCAAUUGCAGGGACUUAAAUGGCUUCAACGCAGAGAAGCUGUCGGCAAAGGUAAAUCACUCGGUGGCAUUUUGGCUGAUGAUAUGGGACUCGGUAAAACAGUACAGACAUUGGCAUUAAUCCUUUCUAACAAAUCACCAAACGCAAAUGAAAAGAGUACUUUGGUUGUUGCUCCACUUGCGCUUGUGAAGCAAUGGGAAAGUGAAGUUUUGAAGAAGACCAACAUGAGCGUACUAGUGCACCACGGCCCUAGUCGUCACAAGAAUUAUGGUCAAUUCAACAAGUAUGAUGUCGUAGUCACCACUUAUCAGGUUCUUGUUUCUGAAUGGUCUGGCUCUCGAAAGAAUAAGGGAGAAUCGGAGUCCUCAGAGUCUUCAGAUGAUGUUAAGGAAGACUCACUUUUUGACAAUACUUGGUGGCGCGUCGUUUUGGACGAAGCACAAACGAUUAAGAAUCGAAACAGUAAAUCUGCACAGGCAUGUUGCGCUCUUGUGUCUGAUAACCGCUGGUGCUUAAGUGGUACACCUCUCCAGAAUAAUGUAGACGAGCUUUUUUCUCUUAUUCGUUUUCUCCAAAUUCCUCCUAUGAAUGAUUAUGCUGUUUGGAAAGAUCAAAUAUUGCGCCCUUUAUCGCAAACGAAUGGCAAAAUUGCCAUUCAACGCUUACGCACAUUUUUGCAGGCAAUAAUGCUUCGCAGAACAAAGGAGGUUUUGCAGAAAAAUACCGAAGAUGGGGAUGGAGGAUUCCUUUCAUUACCUAAACGUAGAAAGCAUGCCAUUGUGUGUAAGUUUACUCCCUCGGAAAAGGAAUUUUAUGAGAAAUUGGAAGGCAAGACAGAAGCUACUAUGACAAGUUUAAUGGAAGAGGGUACUAUUAAGAAGAAUUACACAAAUGUUUUGUGUAUGUUGUUACGUCUUCGACAAGCAUGUAACCAUCCUCAUCUUUUACGCAAGCAUCUUAAGGAAGAUGUUGAUGCCGUGGUACUAACAUCUACUGAAACAAAGAAUGAUGAGAAGUCAACCGCCGAUGACGACCUUGAUGAUCUUGCCAAGUUACUUGGAGAUAUUAGCAUUGAGAAAAAGGAACGCGUGGAAAAAUGCGAAAUAUGUUUUGCUCCUUUGAAAGAAGACUCUACGAAAUCCCGCUGCAAAAAGUGCCGCUCAACGAUAUCGAAGAAAAACAAUAAUGAAGUCGUAACGGAGAAUUACCAAUCAACUAAGGUCAAGAAAACCCUUCAAAUUCUUUUGGAUGAUGAUAUUUAUGAUGAUGAAAACUCUCCAAAUGCCAGUGGGCUAAGGAAAACUAUUAUCUUUUCCCAAUUUACCUCUAUGUUGGAUCUACUAGAACCCCAUUUGAGGAAUGCUGGAAUUGGUUUUGUGAGAUAUGAUGGACAAAUGAAAAAUAAAGAUCGUGAGGAUGCACUUAACAAGCUUCGAACAAAAAGUGAAGUUCAAGUGCUUUUGUGUUCAUUAAAAUGCGGCGCUUUGGGACUGAACCUGACGUGUGCAAGUCGUGUAAUUCUUCUUGAUGUCUGGUGGAACCCGGCAGUUGAGGAACAAGCGAUCGAUCGUGUUCACCGAAUUGGACAAAAACACGACGUCGAUGUUUAUAAGAUUACUAUCGCCGACACGGUGGAAGAGAGAAUUGUCGCCUUGCAGGAUAAGAAACGUGAGCUUGCGGAUGGUGCAAUUGGAAACGGAAGUAAAAUGGAUUCUGCGAAAUUGUCCAUGGACGAUAUACUGUUUCUGUUUAAUAAACGGGCAGAGUACGCUUCCAAAUAGAAUUCUUACUUCUCAUCCUGCAUUAACUUGAAAGAUAGCAAUAAAUUAAAGGACAUUUUAGACUGUAAAAUACAUGAUGUAUAGGAUAUAUAUAUAUUCAAAUAUACUGAACUAAAAAUAA